AGUAUUUCACCAUCAUUAUGAACGAUACUCAGAAGGAGACAGUGGUGGUCAAGUUGGACUCAGAAGCUGAUGACGAGUUGACAUUCUGGCCUGUCAAUGGGGGAGUACAGGAGUUGAAAGGGAAGACCCUUAUUGUGGCUUGUGGCAGCUUUGCAUCGAUUGAGGGGCUGGCCUGUGAUUACAUAAUUGAAGCCUUGAAGCUCAGCCCGGUGGGAGUAUUCACUUCGACGUAUAUAGAAGCCUUGGUGCAAACGCUGGAUGGUGGGAGAACGAUUGCUACUGGUAUGGAACUGUACGGUGGGGAAGACUCCGCUUACAUGGUACUUCAACUCCGUAGUUCAUAUCGGAAAAAGGGACUGUUGGGGCGAGCGCUGUCCCGAUGGAUCACCAGCGCUGGCUUCUCGAGGGUCCUGGGGGUGUCUAGUAUGAGCAGCCACGUACAAGACGACAGCGACUUGGAGGUGGAUACGCCUUUGAGAGGAUUCAGGACCGAAAAUACGUCAUUCGGGUUGCCGGUAGUGGAUAAGAAUCGUAUUAUUGGUGGUGGUCUUAUUACAAGGCUUGAUGAGGACAUACCUGGGCUGCUGUGCUUUGCCAAGGGAACUGAUGUUGAGAAGUUACCCCUCGCUCGGAUCAUGGCGAACUUCUUACUCACUAACGUAUGUGGCUUGCCUGAGGCUCCGACUGACCUGCGACCAGCGUCGUGGCUUGCCAUACAGCAAGCGAGCGGAUAUGGGAGGUAUGAUGACGAGGAGGAUCUCCGUAGGAUGUGGGCUUGA